AACCGAAUGCUGGGCGGUUUUGAUAUUAGAUUCAAAUUAGUGUACUUAAUUGUUGGGCUCACGGCCGAACUCGGUCACAGUGUGGGAUACAGGUGGCGAAUAGCAAAGCUACCACAAAACGCACUUCUUACGUAACAAAUCUCGUGUAAGUCCUUAUUCAGAUAUACYGAUAACAAUUGUAUAAAAUGMACACAUAAAAGAAGAGAGAUGUUAAGGAAAAUUAAUCUCCAAUUUCUAGACKYACRCAAGUUGAAAACAACACCUCUUAUCGACACGAUUCCAUAAAAGUUUAAUAUCGUUGCACMAUUUGUUGUUAAAAGAUAGGAUUUGUGGCUUAUUACUUUUUAGGGGGGSCAUUGUUUUGUGAUAAUUAUUACUAGAAACCUGUGGUGAGGCAAGGACUUUUAUUACAGUUACUGCAAUACCAWUGAUUAGUUCAUUGUGAAGUGAGUGAUGAAUACACUGUCGUUAAGAUCUCUAACUGGAGAAAAUCCACGAGUCUUAAAUACAAUGGUGAUCUUUGUGGUCUUCUUGGCGUCCGCUUUCGCUAUCUCCCAGUCCUCUAACGAACAAAUACUGCUGAACACCCUGAUGGCAAACUAUAACAAAGACGCGUACCCAGUCCCUGACGCUCACAAAAAUAUGAGCAGAGUUCGYUUUAGUUUGGAACUCGUUCAACUCGUUAAUGUGGAUGACAAGAAUCAAAUCAUAACGACAAAUGUUUGGGUUCGACAGCAUUGGAACAAUUAUCUAUUAAGAUGGGAUCCUGCUAAAUAUGGUGGAGUUAAAAGAGUGCGUAUUGACCCAAGCAAAGUAUGGAUUCCUGACAUUGUCCUAUAUAACAGUGCAGACAGUGAGUUCAGCGGUGGCCUUGAAAAAUACAAAACACGAGUGAUCAUGAACUACAAUGGAGGUCAUUCCUGGUACAGUCCAGCGUCUUUUCGAAGUACUUGUCAAAUUGACGUCACUUUCUUCCCAUUUGACCAACAAACCUGUUUCAUGAAGUUUGGUUCCUGGACAUUUGAAACCAUUGACCUGGACAUUUUUGUCGAUAAUUCUCCUUUACAUUCUAAGCAAUACGUUAAGAGUGCAGAGUGGGACCUGAUUGGUGCAAGUAGGACGAGGAAUGUUGAGCACUAUGCGUGCUGUAAGUAUCCUUUCUCCGACGUGACSAUUGAAUUUGUGUUUAGAAGAAAGCCACUCUUCUACAUGUUCAACUUGAUUAUUCCAUGUAUGAUUAUAACUGGAAUGGUAUUACUUGGAUUUUUCGUACCACCAGAGUCCGGUGAGAGGAUUACGCUUAGUAUCACYGUGCUUCUUGCUAUGGCGGUUUUCUUGCAACUCGCUGCUCAAAACUUACCCAGAAACUCCGAAAACGUUCCAAUCCUUGGGRUAUUCUACAUUACUGUCAUGGCUGAGGUAGCCCUAUCGCUUAUUGCUACAUGUUAUGUCCUUCAUAUUCACCAUAUGAAUUCUGGCAUCGCACUAGUGCCAGUUCCUCAAUGGGUACAGCAUUAUAUUCUAGGCUGGGUCGGGAAGAUACUUGGGGUUAAAAGACCAAUUUCGGAGGAUAAAUACGACAUUUCUACCAAGAAAACAUUCAAAMGAAUWUCUGUAAUGAAGAAAGAUCUUGAGCGUCGACUGGGUAGCAGCAAACGACGUCUUAUUGGUAACGGACAGGAAGCUAAUCAAGAUUACGAAGAGACUGAACUAACAGACCGGAAUACUACUCCUCCGUGCGCAUGUCAAAAUAAAGACAAACCGAAGGACUCAUUCGGUGAAAAUACUAGUCAAGGUGUUAUGGUAUUAGCUGAUGACGUUAAACAUCGACGAUUGAUCGAGAAGAAUAAAGAGGAAUGGCGAUAUCUUGCUAUGGUCCUCGACAGACUUUUCUUUUGGUUGUUUGUUAUCAUGAUUAUACUUUCUUCUUCGAUAAUCUUGAGAACUCCUGGAAGACCUUUCUAAUCAAGUCUCCUUGGUACCAAAGGGAGCAAUACACAGGAGCACACUUCACUGAAUCGCAGAGGUUAUUUUUUACACAGAAGCCAUGAAAAUUUUGUUCGGCGGAWYGAAUUGUCUGUGAUAUGAAAGAGGAUGUAGUWCUGUGCGUAUAAUUGGAAAAAAGUGUAUUGUUAUCUAUUAUAACAAAAUAUCAACAUACUCGCAGUUUUCCUGCUAUAAUUUUGCGCAUAUCAAAUGUUUAAUAAUGUAGGUGUCCAGCACUACAGAGGCCGAAAUGAAGAGGUGGUCGUAAUAUGGAGGUGCUAAUUUAAUGCAAUUAAUAUGGACCGAUAUCGAAUUCGUUGGCAAAAAAUGAAAGAAAUGUGGUUAUUGGUAGUUUUGUCAUUUUGUUUCUCUUUUCGAUUUUCUCAUUCUUCUAUUCGUCCCAUUCUAUUUCAUGUUUUCACUWAUUAAAACCAUUCUAUGCACUUUGACAGUACGUUUGGCUUUAAUUUUACUCAGGCAACGAUGGAAUUCUAAUUAAUGUCGACAUAGCUGUCAGAAGUUGAAUUCAGACUAGUCCUAACCUUCCAGAGGCUAUGUCAGCCAACGCAACGCGGUGGUUUUCAGACCCUACAUGAUUAAAAUUCUUGUGUGGGCGAACUCUCUUGGUGUCUAUGAUGUCUAUGACAAUCGGAUUUAAAAGCUAACGGAACCAAUACCAUAUAUAGUCAUGUGUCACUUGACUACGUUACCGCAUUACGUCACGAAACCCUCCUGACGUCAUCGCGUGACAUGUUUUCAUUCAGUACRUGAGGGGAUUUAAAUGGGCUCGUUAAAGAGCUAUUGAUAAGAUACAAUGCGUUGUGUAAAAGCAGUAGUUUUGAUCCUUCUGUCAAUAAAAUCCAUGUUGUUA